CUUAUCGUGGUUACGUUUUUCCUUAGUUUUAAACAUUCAGAUUCAAGGGCGUUAUGUGUGAACAAAAAUAAUGGGUCUCUGGAUGUGUUUUGGUGUUUAAAGUUUGGGCGAUGUUUCACAAGGUUCGAGAUUGCUUAGGCCGCGAACACAUCGUAAUUGCACUCUUGCAUUUUGAGAAACAACAGGGAUUAAUUUAGGUCAGAAGCCAUCAAAUGAGAGAUGAUCUUCCCUUUUUUGGUACUAGUGUUUCUUGUGGUGGCUAACUGUCAAGAAAUUAUUUCGCUACAGAACGAGACCCAUUUUAUAUGUGUUGCGGAGAAUAAAGACUCGGUGAUUUACACAAAGCCACCGAUCGUUGAAGAUCCAAAAAGUACAGAAGUUCUUUUUAAACACGAUUUUUGGCAUCUAAAAGAAUCUCAACAUGUGGCACAUGCACCAGUUACCGACAAAAGAUGGGAAGGUUUCAAAACGAUUCAUACGAACAUAUAUAAUUUUUCCAUGUUUACCUCAGUGUCGUUUUCGAUUUAUUUUUCGAAUAUUCCUUGUACAGUAGACUUCACAAUACAGGUAAAUAGAACUAGGGGUAACACGACGACAACCGUAAAUGUUACUUCGUGGACUCAUUACACUCUACAUUUUGAAAACAAAAUGUUAACAGUUUAUGGAAAUGAUAGUAGCCUCUACAGUCAAGGUCCAUGUUCAAGUGAUCCUGAAGUGGUCGUCCAAACAAGAUAUAAAACAACUUGGAAAAUCCAUAAGUAUCGUGUCAGAGCCCCAAGUGAAAUAUCUACACCAGAAACAAAAGUGUCUGUUCCACCUGCUAUUUCUUGCUUGAUGUUUUAUGUCUAUCUUUGCCCAAAUUGCCUGUUAGAAAUCUAUACAUCUGAAGAAAGUAUACCUACUUGGAUAGCCAACAGUGGCUCCAUGACGAAAAAUGUCCUGUUUAAAAGCCAGGAAGUUUUAAUCGAAGUUAACACGACUCUAAGGUUAGUCAGACGAACAUCAGGCAGCCCAGGAAAAACUUACUGGGGAAUAGACAUACGGCAGUGUCCUAACGUAAAACUAAAUAAAACAAUAUACAAAGUAAAAUUAAACAACAACGACAGAGGAAAAUACAGAACAUGUGAACUUUUGUCUCCAAAGCGUCAAGAACAAACAAAAAUUCCUGAUGCACUUCUUGACUGUAAACCUGGAUUUUUAGGACGCGGAUGUGACUUAAGCUGUGAAGAAUUGCUGGGACCAAAGACAACUUACUGUGAAAAUUACAAAAUUUGUGCAAAAUCUUCACUUAAUUCAAGCUGUGUGUGCUCGUGGGGGUUUCAAGAACCGUCAUGUGUCGAACCAUGUGUUGAUGGAAGGUGGGGCUUAUCUUGUAGAAACACAUGCAGCAACUGUCCAACAUGUGACAAAAUGACAGGAAAAUGUAUCAAGGCUGACACUACUACUAAAACAACUAUACCACAUACAACAACUUUGCGAGAAAUAAGCCAGUCUGAAAAUUUAAUAUCUCCAACUCUUUUGCCGUCUUCAUUUUAUCCAUCUUCAAGCACACCGCAUGCAACAAAAGUAAGGAAGCCUGAAAGUUCAACAUAUCCAUCUAGAAUUUUACCAUCUCUUAACGAUACAAUAAUAUUUUCAAACAUACCGCCACCAACAACCAUUGAUUCAACUAAAGCUUAUUUUGUAUUCACGAAAAAUGACUUUAUAAAGUCAACAAACGAAGUCAUUGCUUACGCUUUAAUUUUAUUGAAAGAACACGUUGACAUCCAAACUACAAAUAGAUCAUGGAAUGGAACUUAUAAAACUUGGCCUCCAAUACCGAAAAAUUCUAUACAGCUUACACCGAAAUUAUGGAAUCCGUUCACAGAUGACCAACACACCUGCCAUUUUAUAAUUGGAGCUAAUAAUAGUUGCUGUAAAGAACACUGUCAUUAUACACCUUUAAAACCGAAUACUAGAUACUGGUUAAUGGUAAGGGCGCUGACAAAUCAAAACUAUAAUGAUAGCUCCCUGUUAUUUUUUCAAACAGCUUCCGAGGAUAGCUUCAGUAUCUAUUACAUUUCGCUAGGAGUAUUAAUUCUUGUAAUGAUGAUAAUGGUUGUCCUAUUUUACAUAAUAUAUACAAUAAGAAGACGAAACAAUCAAGCAACUAUUAUCCAAGAAGAAGAGAUGAGGCUAAGAAUGAAGACGAAACCUCUUGAAACCACAGUCAUCGACUUCAACAGUCUUCAAAAUCAUUGUUCGCAACCGACAUUCCUUACAACUUUAAAAAUCCAGUUCAAUGCCAUUUCAGAUCCUAUGCCCCAUAGUUCUUUUAGAAUUGGUUUGCAACCUAAUAAUAUUAACAAGAACAGAGAUCGAAACCGAGUUAUACCUUACGAUUCUAACAGAGUUGUUCUUAAGCCAAUGAAAAGUGUAGGAACAGAGGACUACAUAAAUGCUAGCUACAUUGACGGCUACAAUCGUCCAAAAGCUUACAUCGCUUGCCAGUCACCCAAAUUCUCCACCAUCAAAGACUUUUGGAGGAUGAUAUGGCAAGAAAAUGUUAGUGUUAUAAUAAUGGCGACAAAUUUUAUUGAACGUAAAAAGCGAAUGUGUGCAGAGUAUUGGCCCCAGAGAGCAUCAGCGGUACAUGAAUAUGGUAAAAUAAUAAUAAAAUUGCGUAAGGAAACCACUUUUGAACUAUAUGCUUAUCAAGAGCUUGAAAUAGCUUACGGCGACAAGAGCAAAAUUAUACAUCAUAUUCAUAUCAAGUGGAGAUUUGACGAUUCCAAUAUGGUUUACCCGAAUGACGUUUUACCAGUUGUCAAACUUAUAAGACAACAGUAUGACAAUCCACGUGGACCGAUUGUCUUCCAUUCAGGUUAUGGUACAGGUCGAGUGGGAAUUUUAAUUUUAUGUGACUUAGCACUACAGAUGAUUAGUAAAGAGAAUAAAGUUGACUUUUUCAGCUUAACAAAAACACUUAGAGACCAACGGGCGUCUAUGAUCACCAACGUGGAGCACUACAUUUUUUCACACUUACUUAUGAACGAAUACUAUUUGGAACAUUCAAGUCCGUUUCAAUAUUCCAUAGGACAGAAUAUAAAACACGACGAUAUAAAACAACAGUUUAAGUAUUUAGAAACUCUGCGUCACUACGAUAAUAUUUUUCAAGAAGUUAGUCUUCAGUACUGCAUUCCUCGACAUCCUUUUGAAAGUGUGAUAGUUGCACGAUAUGGACAGAGGAGAAAAUAUUUUAUUUCUCGGGAACCAAAAGAGGAACAACUUAUAGAUUUCUGGAAAAUGGUGGCAAGGGAAUCGAUUUGUUGGGUUUUAUUCUUAAACAAGAAAUUUCUUGUCACGACCCACGUAAGUGGAUCUCUAGAAACGAUAAACAUUACCCGCAAUCGAGUUGUAAACACAACCUACGGCCUGAUGACGGAAGGCUCCUUACUGAUAUACAAUACAAUUUCGAAAGAGAAGAUCUACGACGGGAAAUUAUAUAUCUUUCAAUUUAACAACUGGAAAGUGAAUCAGUUGGUUCCGAAUUCAGUACAUAGCUUUAUUUCUUUGCUAAACCAUCUUCACAGAGAUACAGACAAGGAAAAACUAGUUUUAGUUUCUUGCAGCGAUGGAUUUACAGCUUGUGGCUUAUUUGUUGUUUUCUCAUAUAUCGUAGAGAAGUAUGAAAAUGAAUUAGAAAUUGAUGUGUGUAAUGCCAUACGACUUGCACGAAGAAGUGGAAGAUCGUUCGUUAACAGAACGAAACAACUAACAUUUAUUUAUGAAUGCAUCAGGGAUUAUAUCGAAAACUAUGAUAAAUACCAACAAAUUGUAGUAAAUGAUGUAAACAAGAAUAAAAAAAUUAAACAGUGGAGAUUGUAUUUAUUCAUUAAAUCAUGGUAA